AUGUGCCUCGGCGGAGAGAUCAAGCGAUUCCAGACUCUGGACUGCGCGCAGUUUUUCGACUCCGUUAGUUCAACGUGGACGCUGACGAAGAGUUUACCAUAUCCUGUAUGUGGCGCCGGCCUGUCAUCAGGCGACAUUCACAGCAACUUCCUGCGACGCGUCCACCGCUAUGAUCUCGAUCGCGACCUGUGGAGCGAAGUGGCGCCGAUGCAGUACGACCGCAACGGACAUUCAAUCGUCGCCCUGAACCACCGCAUCUACGCAGUUGGUGGAACUCCAAGUCGCACCGUGUUGCAAGCCGUGGAGCAAUACGAUCCUUCUGUAGGUCGGUGGGGUGGUGUAGCUGAUCUGCCGGUACGGCUGUAUAGACCCGCCGCAGUGGCAUACAACGGUCAUCUGUACGCAUCUGGAGGUUUGACAUCCGGUGGAAGCACACUCAGUACCACACUGACACUCCGCUAUGAUCCGCAAGCCCAUACCUGGAGCGAACUGGCCAGCAUGCCGACGGCGCGGUUUUGGUAUUUGGCAUGUGUGGGUCCCAACGGUCUGAUUUACGUUAUUGGUAGAUGA